GUAUGACCCAUAUACAUAAAUUAACCGCAUUCAAGACGAGUGCCCCAGAGAGCACUACCGAGAAGCUAAUGUAAGGUCUCCUAAUCAGCUGCGCUCUAGGUCAAGUUGGCAAAUUGCGACCCAGAGUAUUGGUUGCUAAAGACGCAGAAGCAGGUCGCAUCGAUCUGUAUAUAGAUCUUACAUCCUGCCCCUGCUACAGAUGGCGAACCAGCUGUCCCUCAGCCUUAUUGCCCACAGUCCGCUCAUUACACCCUUCCGUGGUACUUACACUCGUUUCCCUCAGGGAACCUACACUCUUUCAACAUGCGUUUCUCCAUCCAAUUAUCCUCGGCACUCCUUAUUGGAAUAGCCGCUGCUGUGCCUGCCACAACUACUGGCGUUGCCAGCCAAUCGUUGAACACGACACGUUCGGAAAACACCACGGCCGCUGAUGCGGGUCCUGAGUCCGACUUCAAGGAUAUGAACCCCUUCAACAUCACCGCAACUGAGACAACAGAGGACCGUGUCUCACACUCUAUCUGCUGGUCUAAGGUGCCCGAUAACAUGUUUCUCAACUGGACCAACUUCAAGGCAAAUGGUGCGAACCUUGGCGGCUGGCUGGAGAAGGAGAAGACCCAUGAUCCUAUUUGGUGGGCCUCCGUUGGUGACGGCGUUGCUGCCGAUGCCCAGGAUGAGUGGACACUAUGCGAGCUGCUCGGCGAUGAGUGCGGUCCGGCUCUUGAGGCACGCUACACCGAUUUCCUGAAUAAGACCACCAUCGAUCAGCUCGCCAGUGUCGGCGUCAAUACUCUACGUAUUCCUACAACCUACGCUGCUUGGGUCGAUGUCCCUGGUUCUUCAUUCUACUAUGGCAAGCAGCAGGAGCACCUUCGUGAGAUUUCUCUGUACGCCAUUGAGGAAUACUCCAUGCACGUUAUUAUCGGCCUUCACUCGCUUCCUGGUGGCGUCAACAAUCUGGAUAUUGGUGAGGGCUUGAUGCACGAUGCCUGGUUUUACAAUGACACCAACAUGGAGUACAGUUGGCAGGCAGUUGAUGAAGUUCUCACCUUCAUGAAGAACAGCGGACACUUGAACGCUUUCACCAUUGCUCCCAUCAACGAGGCCAGUGACAACCUCAGCUCUUUUGGCAGCGCUGCUGGUCUUACUGACAACGCUACCAACUGGAUCUUGAGCUACAUGGACGGUGUUUUCGAGCGCGUUGAAGCCGUUGAUAAGCGCAUUCCCGUCAUGCUCCAGGACUGCUUUAAGGGUGCUAGCUUUUGGGCACCCCUGUUCGAAACGACACGCAACCUGGUUAUCGAUUCGCACGUCUACUACUUCGCGGCUUCCGGUACCUACUCACAAUGGGUCAACCCCGCUGUUUGUGGUCAAGCCGCCUACAUCGCUGAGGAGACGUCAUUCCCCGUGUUUGUUGGUGAGUGGGCGCUUCAGGUUAUGUAUAACAAUACCUUCGAUGGGCGAAAGACCAUCUUUGAUACCCAAAGGUACGCAUGGCAAAAGUAUGUUGCUGGUGGUGCGUUCUGGACUGCUGUCUCGUACGCGACAGCCGAGGUUGACGGAGAAGGUGUCCAGCGUGACUACUGGUCAUACAUCGAUCUCAUCAACGAUGGUGUCAUUACCAGUGCCACCAACAGCAGCUACUGCUAGGGAAGCAGCAGCACAAAGGAACGCGUACAUGAUAGAUAAUUGGCCUGAACGAUUGACAGGCAAUCACCUCCAAUGCACUAGUGAUAAAUAGCAUUGCUGUAAUCGUUAAUUGAAACCGGCCUUUGGCUAUCGGAUCAGUGCGCGA